GCCAGCAGCGCGAGGAUCCGCCACAUCGCGGCCAUGAUCAUCGCCGCCUGUAACCCGUCCACGUGACAGAAGGUCAUAGGUCACACGUCAUCUUCGUCACGUGAUCGCCGGGAAGAUGGCGGUGUGUGUGGCCGUGAUCGCCAAAGAGAAUUAUCCUUUGUACAUCAAAACGGUGCCGACGGAGAAUGAGCUGAAGUUUCAUUACACAGUACACACUUCGCUGGACGUUGUGGCGGAGAAGAUUUCAGCAGUGGGGAAGGCGCUGGUCGAUCAAAGAGAACUCUACUUGGGUCUGCUGUACCCCACUGAGGAUUACAAAGUAUACGGCUACGUCACCAACACCAAAGUGAAAUUUGUUAUUGUGGUAGAUUCUUCCAACAUCGCACUGAGGGAUAAUGAAAUCCGUAGUAUGUUUCGGAAGCUGCACAAUUCCUACACUGAUGUCAUGUGCAAUCCAUUCUACAACCCGGGAGAAGUGAUUCAGUCCAAAGUCUUUGACAACAUGGUUUCUGGCAUGAUGGUCCAGGUGUGCUGAGGCUUUGACCUGGAAUUCCUGCUUUCCUGUGGGCCUGUGCUGUUCAACCGUCCAUCUGCUCAACUUACAAGACUGACUUAAAUCAAAUGCCAUCUGCAUUUAUAGACAAACUUUUUUCAGCUCAAGAGUUAUCACUCAAGUAUACGUCGUGCAUAAUUCCCUUGAAAAUCAUAACAUGAUCAGUAGUGGGUAAGGUUUCCAGGUUGAGCUCAAUAACCUGACCCACCUUCUGUUUCUAAACACCAUUUCAGUGAUUUGUUCCUGAAUGGUAGACGGCAAGUUCUAUGAAAGCAACACUGUUGUACAGCAUAUUGUUGCUCUCAGCAGCUGAACCUGUGACUUCCACACUGCUAAAACCUGGUACCCGCAGCAAGACUUGGGUUUUCAUUCAGCUGAGACCCUGCUGUUGGAGAGAAGUGUCCCUGUAUAAUUGUGUAUGUGGACGUUUCAUUAAUGCUCAGGAGUUUAACUAAAUUUCAUAAUUUUCUGGUCUGCCAUUAAUUCAGGAGCCAAUGUCAUUUCUGUGUCAUCUUUUUCAUGGGGGAAUCCAUAAUGGAAGAUCUCCAAUAUAGGAAGUAUUGGACUUGGAUUUUGAGAUUUUCUGUGCAGUCAGCCUGAUGUUGGGUAGUGGAACUUACUUGAGUGUAUAUAUUAUAUAUUUUUUGCCUAUUAUUGUUGAAUUGUAAAUAUAAUUUCAGCCUU